UUGUGUAUUCAUAUAUUUGUUCGGAAAAGAAAUCGGCAUUUAUUGCAUUUUUCAGAAAGAUUAGUGAGUUAUUUGGGAGCUACUAGAAAUGCGUCAAUCAACCCUUCUCAUGGCUUGUUUUUUUUUGCAGAUGGUGUUUGUGUCAAAAUACCCGGCGUUAAAACAAAACAGCAAUGUUCCACUCCACGAGCGUAUUUUAGAAGCAUGCCGUCAACAUGCGGCAGCCAACAAGGAUUCGAUUAUUUUUGUGAGUUAGCCUAAAUAACUCCCUAGAUAAGGAAGAAUUGUGAUUUUUGUCCAGAUUGACGCAGAAACGACGACAAAAAAGAGGAAAUUCAGUGAUAUUGAGCCGGCUGUGAAUAGUUUGGCGACGGCUUUGAUGAAAUUGGGAUUGAAACCUGGGGAUAUUGUUUCGCAGGUUUUGCCGAAUUGUCCAGAGUUUUUGAUCAAUAUGUUGGCUGUGCAGAAAUGUGGAGCUGCCAUGUCAAAUGCCAGCCCCAUUUUCACAGAUUGUAAGGGAUUUUUUAGCUCCAGAAAUCUGGAUAAACUUGCAAAGGAAGUCAGGUUUUGAAAUUUUGAUGAAAAAUAUCGAAAAAUUCCGAAGUCAAAAAUUGACACAGACUCCUGUGAGCACUUUUCUGAAGCUUCAAAGUUAGAAUUGCGUUUUGGUUUUCGCCCAUUUUCACGAUGUUCCAGGGUGGAAAAUUAAUUUUUAUAACUUGAUAAAGGUUGUUCACCACAUUCGAAAAGCUAUCAGAUUUUUAGUUUUUCGAAAAAUAUUUUUAAAAACCAGCUGAAACUUAUAAUUUUAAAAAAUCACAGAUUUCAGCUGGUUUUUCAUAUUUUUUGAAAAGCUAAAAAGCUGAUAGGUGGUGCACAACCUUAUUCAAGUUAUAAGAAUUGAUUUUCCACACAGGAACAAGAUGAAAAUGGGCCAAUACCAAAACUCAAUUCUAACUUUGGAGCUCCAGAAAAGUGCUCAUGCACAGGAGUUUGUGGCAAUUUUUGACUUUGGAAUCGUGAUCAGCAUGUAAAAUUUGGUAUAUUUCGAUAUUUUUCAUCAAAAUUUAACACCUGACCUUAUGCACUUCCCUUUUCUACUCCCAAACUUCCAAUUUUUUCCAGACGAGCUCCAAAACCAAUUCCACGACUCAAAAUCAGUGCUCGUUUUCACCGACGAAGAUCGGCUAAGUCGAGUGCGCCGUGCAAUAACCCACGUGCCAACAAUUCAAAAAAUCAUCUGCCUUCGCACAUUUCCGAUGAAAACCGAUUUCCCCGAAAAUGUGCUCGAUUUUGGUGAACUCGUCAAAACACCAGCCGAACCAAUAAAUUUGACGUAUGACAUGGAUUCACUCGCAAUGGUCCCAUAUUCAUCCGGAACCACCGGAAGACCAAAAGGUUGCCGAAUUUCGCAUCGAAAUAUGGUGACAAUGAUGGAUAUCUCUGUGGAUCAUUUGAAUAACGAAAUUGCGAAAGCGGUGUUUGGAAAAGAGGAGAAGAAUUGGCGAAAAGAGCACACAUUGCUCAUGUUACCCUGGUAUCACGCUUUUGGAAUGAAUGUGAUGCUCGAGUCGAUUAUUUUGGGAAUGACUGGAUUGGUGUUCAAGAAGUUUGACACGAUUACCAUGCUCAAUCGUAUUAAAUUCUUCAAAGUCAAACUGAUUUACAUGGUCCCACCGAUGCUCAUAUUUUUGGCCAAAGAUAUGAUGGUCCCGAUUUUCCGUGUUGAACCAUUUGUCAAAGUCAUUCUAUCUGCUGGCGCCACCGCCGGAAAACAAUUGAUUGAGGAGGUUUUGAAGCGAUUUCCACACGCUUGGAUUUGUCAGGCUUAUGGGAUGAGUGAAAUGGUGCAAUUCACGACGUUUCCAAGAUUUGAGGAUGGUCAUUGUUUCGAGCAGGUUUGAUCGUUGUCACUGCAGAGUGUUGUAGUUUUGAAAAAUCUUUGCAGGUCGGUGCACUUGGCCCAACUUUUGAGAUGAAAAUCAUCAACGCGGCAGGUGCCGAAGUCACAAAACCCAAUAUAAUUGGAGAGUUGUGUUUCCGUGGUCCGGCUGUCAUGAAAGGUUAUUUGAACGGACGUGAAGCGCAUAUUAUAGACAAGGAUGGUUUUUUGCACUCGGGAGAUUUGGGAAGUGUUGAUGAGAAGGGAUGUGUUCAUUUGACUGGACGUAUUAAGGAGUUGAUUAAGGUCAAUGGAAUGCAGGUGAGGAUUUUUGGGGAACUCUGAAUUUCGGACAAUUUUUGGAUAGUGGCAUAACUUUUCGUUGGUUUUCUAGGUCAUGUCUAAAAUCAUGAAAUAUCUGGAUUUAAGUCUCAAAAUUUGAAUACUUUUUUCUCUUUUUAAGACGUGGCCUAGUUUUUCUAAUAUAUUUGGUUUUCUAGGCCAAUGUCUAGAACAAUGUAUCUGAUUUCAGGCUAGAAAUUUUGAGAUUUUGCUAUUAUUUUCCUCCUGAUCCAGAAAAUUUUAAUUUUCUCUGGUUUCUCUCAAACUGUUUUUUAAUCCGAUUAUCUAGCUAGAAAAAAUAGGGUGAAUUCUGGAUUUUUUCCAUUAUUUUACAAACUUUGUUUUAAAUUUUGCCACGUGGCAGGUAUUUUGUGAGAACGGGAAUUCCAACAGAACAAUUUCAAAUCACAAAUUCAAAAUAUUGAUUUUUUCCAGGUUCCACCAGUCGAAAUUGAAGAUGUCCUUCUUCUUCACCCAAAAGUCAAAGAUUGUGCAGUGAUUGGUGUUGCAGAUGAGCAAUGUGGUGAAUCGCCAAAAGCAUUUAUCGUCAAAAAAGAUCACACAUUAACUGAAUCCGAACUGACAGCUUGGGUUCAAUCGAAAUUGUCGUCUUACAAAUGGAUCACAGCUGGCUACGAAUUUGUGGAUUCGAUUCCGAAAUUGCCGUCGGGCAAAAUAUUGCGUCGAAAAUUGAGUACUAGUGAACAUCAAAAGGAGCCGAAACAGGAUUCGGAUGUGACUUCGGAGAGUAUUAGAUCGUAG